GCUAUAUAACACCACUAGCAAACCACUCAAAUUUCAUCAAAAUUAAAGCCAAAAAAAACAUCAUCAAACUCCAAACAUGGUAUCCAACGUUUGGCACGCAAUCCUCAUUCUGGCAGCAAUCGCAAUCCCGUCUUUUGCGCAGACCCCGACGGUGACAUUCACCAACCGGAUAGUCCCCGACACCCCGCAGCCGCCGGACGUGAAGGUCAGCUGUUUGGCCGCCGGCGGGUUAUCGUCGCCGGCCUCGUUCGACUUACUCCCCGGCCGGACGGAGUGGUUCCAGCCGGAGACGAUGGACGCCGUCUAUCAGUGCUCGGUGGUUUGGGGCCGUUUCUUCGUCGCCGUCAAGGGCUUCGAUGGUGCGAGGGACGGCCGUCAUGCCGCCGUCAGUUGGGUGCUUGAUAAACGCGGGAUUUCUGUGAGUUAUGAUCGGGAGAAUUGGGAGUUGGUUAAACAGUGGCACACCAAAUAUGCCCUAAGGAUGGGAUUUUUUUCCCCAUAAAUUUGUACAUGCACCAGAUAAAAUUGUUGGAGACGAUUAUAUCUAGUACGUGUACAAAUUAUAUGUGAUUUUUAUAUUAAAAUGUUUUGCAAUCC